UACCAGCUACGACGUGGGAAGAAGUAACUUAUUAAAUGGGUGUAGUGAACCCAAUCAUUAAAGAAAUCUCAAAAGUUGUCUGAGGACAGCGCCGAGUUGGAAGGCAUAGCAUCUCUAAAUCAUAUGGCUUGAAUUUUUGAGGGAAUGGGGCUAUGUACUGACAAUUGGGAUGAAUGCUUCUCUGGGUGCUGAGAUAAGAAGCCAUGCAGUUUGAACUAACUGGAAAGGAUUGAAAGGAUAUGGAUUCAUAUGAGGAUUAUAAAUCGCCAUUUGACUUCAAUGCUGGAGUUAACAGAAACUACCUCUAUCUGUCACCAAACGUGAACGUCUCUCCACCUGAAUCACCUGCAUUGAAGAAUUCUGAACUGCUGAGAAGUGAUUCCAUAACUGAGGUAGGAGAGGAUGCUGCUGCUACAGUUAACAUGCCAGAACCUCUGUCUGAAGAAGAACAGGAAGAAUUAAGAAAAGAACUUGUUAAGGUAGAAGAAGAAAUCCAGACACUCUCACAAGUGUUAGCUGCCAAGGAGAAGCAUCUAGCAGAGAUCAAGAGAAAACUAGGAAUCAGUUCACUGCAGGAACUGAGAGAGAACAUUACCAAAGGCUGGCAAGAUGUGACAUCAACUACAGCGUAUAAGAAGACAUCAGAAACCCUCUCUCAGGCUGGGCAGAAGGCCUCUGCUGCUUUUUCAUCUGUUGGCUCAGUCAUCACUAAGAAGCUGGAAGAUGUGAAUAUACGCUCCAUACAACAUUCAAUUAGCAUGCCCGUUAUGAGAAACUCUCCAACUUUCAAGUCUUUUGAAGAAAAGGUUGAAAACCUAAAGUCUAAAGUUGGAGGAGGCAAGCCUGCUGGGGGGGACUUUGGAGAAGUCUUGAACUCAGCUGCCAAUGCGAGUGCCACAGAAACCAUUGCAGAACAGACACAAGAAGAGACCCAGUGAGACCCUGCCUUUGUCCUGCUACCCACUGCCGGAUGCUGCAAGCAAAAACUAAGCACAUUUGUAAUGUUUUCUGCUGUCCAUUUCCACCAGAUGUGCUUUUAUUUAGCACUCAGCUGUUUUAUCCAAGUAGUUGAUACAGAGCUUGUCUGCGGGUUCAAAAUAUUUUUGCAAGAAAAACACAUUUCAGCUUUUUUUGUGGGCAGGGGAAUUUUUUAUGCCUUUUAAACAUUUAAAGGAUUCAUUUUUGAUUUAAAGGCAGUCUAAUAGUAUUGCAUUGAAAAUAUUAGAUGCACUAUAGAUACAGCUUUAUAGUUUUAACUUCCUUUUGAAUGCUCUGGUGAUGGGCCCAAAGCUUUCUACGUAUAAGCAUCUUUUCUUUUAAUUUUCUAUUUUGCCUUCAAACACAAGCUCAGUACUUCAUUCCUUUGUGAUAGGUUAUAUGCUGUGCUGAAACAAAUGUGGGACAUUACACUAGGAAAAUUACUGCUAGUAAAAGAAAGAGGACUUCUGCUUCAACAACUAAGUUACUCUUGAAGCAGGUUAUCACACAAAGACAUUUACUGUAGUCAACAGAUUUGCUACUUGUAUAACAAACAGAGGUGAAACUUAAAGGUGGUAAUCCUAAUUUAUGUUGGGAUUUGCUGAUUUAAUUGUGGAUCCUCUUAAUAGAAUCUCUCUGGUUUAGCCCAAAUGCAAGUGUGUUGUUGCCUUGUGCUGCUGGUCUUGUAUCUUUGCCACUUCUUAUUAGUGUCACACUGGGAAUUCUUCCCUUACUCUUAACUCCUGAAUCAUGCUGCUAUAGGAAAAUGGCCUUGGCCUUGAUGUGCUUUUCAAGUAUGAAACACGUGCAUACCAGAGCACUAAGUUGUGUGGCCUGGCAUCAUUGCUGUAGCAGGGCAGAGGGUGAGGCUGAAGUUGGUUCCUUAUUCCUAGUUCCUUAUUCCUGGUUCUUUUUUCAAAGGUAAUCUUUACAGAAUUAAAGGUUGUUAACAAUUAAUUAGAAAAGCUAAAGCGUUAGAACUUCAUCUGAAAUGUAUAAUUACUAAUAAAAAUGUGAAAUAAUAUCAUGUAUUAAGUACAUAGCCCCAAAUAAAGAGCUGAGAUUAG